AGAGCAGAGGAGGCUCACACACACACACACACACACGGACUCAGGGAUCAUCAUGAAGGGUUUGAUCACAGGCUUCUGUGCGCUUCUGCUGCUGUCCUCUUCUUCUCUGGCGCAGGCAACUGCGACAACAAUCAUCCCAACAACUGAUGCUUCAGUGAGUCAAAAUACUACAACUCCGAACGCUAAUUCAACAACUAAUGCUUCUGCAACUACAGUUAUAAUUGAUGAAACUAUAACAACUUCAUCUUCAUCUUCAUCUUCAUCUUCACCGACACCUGAACUGAGCAACAUGACCACACUGAUGACUGGCACUAUCACCACAGAACAGACCUCGACUCAGAAUCAAACGACUCAGAAUCAAACAACUCACUGGACUCAGAAUGAAACAACUCACUUGACUCAGAAUCAAACGACUCAGUUCACUCAGAAUCCAACGACUCAGAAGAUCCAAACGACUCAAACAACUCCUUCAUCCAGCGAGUCUCUGAGAGUGUCGUUCAUCAUCUGUUCUCUGGCGUUCCUGCUGUUCACGCUAGUGAUUUGAACUCUUCUGAAAAUAACUCUAUUGUAUAACUAGACCGAUACAUGUAAUACAAUUGGCUUGACUGUGACGGAAAGCUUCUGCCGAAUGCAUACUGUACAUGUAAGUGAUGGAGGAGUCACAGUUGGCCAUAUGACUAGCAUACUGAAUAACAGAUUUUUGUCUGAUUUUUGAUUGUCUUGAUUUUUGUGACUGUAUGACUUGAAAUUAGAAAUGAGCUUGACAAUUUAAAUUAGGUUUUCAUAAAGAAUGAAGCAGAUAUAGCCUACAGAACCUUCAUUAAAAAGGGCUCGACGGAUUUACGAGGUGAAUCAUUAAUACAGUAAUUAUUGCAUUAAUCUGCGUAUCGCUGAUGUCACUGCUGUUCUUUGUACAUGUUUUACUGUUUGACACUCUUCUGGAUUAAAAUAGUUGGGUCAUUCCUGGUAUGCGG